AUGGAGGAUCAAUUAGGAACACUGAAAAAUAAACCGUGGAUGCCAAUAAACGAGAUUCGAGAGGAGUUUGCAAAUUGUGCACUGCUGAAAUUUGGCUCAUUGAGUAUGCAUGAUUUCAAAUACGACAAAGGAAUGUACGGAUGGAUGAAUAUCAUGAAAUUUUCAUGCGCGUUUGUCAAUGAUCAGUUUCUGGUUUUCGCGAUGGCAUUCACCAGAACUCGGUUUCGUCUGAAACAAGUGAUACUCAAGAGACAAAACACACAUUGGGCUACAUCCGGAAGGAGUCUGAUAACAAGAGAUGUUCAAAAAAUUACUGAGAUAUUCACGAUAAGGUUUGCUCACUUUGUCAAUGAAAAAUUGGAAGACGAGUUUCAUAAGCACUCGGUAUUAAUGAAAAAUUUGGAAGCAAACCCAUUACACCUUAAAAACGAGACUUUCGAAGAAUUGGCGGUUGCGUACGGCCGUCUCAGAAAGCAUAUCAAGCUAUCAGACAGCAGAGGACACACUUUCAGCACAUUGGCAUUCGGAAUAAAAUCACGUAUAAUGUUGACAUCACCCACUAAUGCUCCACAAGCUGUCGAAGCAAUUUCCGAUGAGCUCAGUGAUGCACCUUUGAAGGUUCUCGACACAUGCCACAAAGAUAUAUGCACAUAUGAUCAUAUGAAAAACGCAACAUUCAACCCAAAAACGGAAACCUAUACAUAUGCAAAAGAGAAUGCACUAAUUCAUACAGUUCAUCCAAGAUAUUCGCUUAUUGCAUACCAGAAAUCUAAACCAUAUUUCACAUUUGAAACGAUGAAGAGAAAAACUGCCACUGGAUUGAUCGACGUCAAACAGAAUCUGGACGCGAAAGCCAAGAAUCUCUGGUCGUCUCUUCUUGAUCAACAAUUUACGUUGACUAUCCAUGUUCACAAUCAGGAGUUGUUUCCAUUCGAUAGAUUCCACAUGACCCUUGAUCGACCAAGUUGA